GCCGGCUGGAGGCCGGGACCGCGGGCCAAGCGCGCGCGAUGCCUCACUUCACCGUGGUGCCGGUGGACGGGCCGCGACGCGGCGACUAUGACAACCUCGAGGGGCUCAGCUGGGUGGACUACGGGGAGCGCGCCGAGCGGGAAGACUCGGACGGACAGGGUAACCACCGAGAGAACAGCCCUUUCCUUUGCCCUCUGGAGGCCUCCAGAGGAAAUGACUACUAUGACCGGAACCUGGCACUGUUUGAGGAGGAGCUGGACAUCCGCCCAAAGGUGUCAUCUCUCCUGGGCAAGCUUGUCAGCUAUACCAACCUCACCCAAGGAGCCAAGGAGCACGAGGAAGCUGAGAGUGGAGAAGGCGGCCGACGGAGAGCUGCCAAGGCUCCCAGCAUGGGCACACUCAUGGGAGUGUACCUGCCCUGCCUGCAGAAUAUCUUUGGGGUCAUCCUCUUCCUGCGGCUGACCUGGAUGGUGGGCACAGCUGGUGUGCUGCAGGCUCUCCUCAUUGUCCUCAUCUGCUGCUGCUGUACCCUGCUGACAGCCAUCUCCAUGAGCGCCAUUGCCACCAAUGGUGUGGUUCCAGCUGGUGGCUCCUACUUCAUGAUUUCCCGCUCUUUGGGACCAGAAUUCGGAGGUGCCGUGGGCCUGUGCUUCUACCUGGGGACGACAUUUGCAGCAGCCAUGUAUAUCCUAGGGGCCAUUGAGAUCUUGCUGACCUACAUUGCUCCGCCAGCUGCCAUCUUUUACCCGUCGGGCCCCCAUGACAUGUCAAGCGCCACCUUGAAUAACAUGAGGGUGUACGGGACCAUUUUCCUGACUCUGAUGACCCUGGUGGUGUUUGUUGGUGUCAAGUACGUGAACAAGUUUGCCUCGCUCUUCCUGGCCUGCGUGAUUAUCUCCAUCCUUUCCAUUUACGCGGGAGGCAUCAAGUCCAUUUUUGACCCUCCCGUGUUUCCGGUGUGUAUGCUGGGCAAUAGGACCCUGUCUCGGGACCAGUUUGACAUCUGUGCCAAGACAGCCGUGGUGGACAAUGAGACAGUGGCCACCCGGUUGUGGACUUUCUUCUGCCACAGCCCCAACCUUACUGCUGACUCCUGUGACCCCUACUUCCUGCUCAACAAUGUGACAGAGAUUCCUGGCAUACCUGGGGCGGCUGCUGAUGUGCUCCAGGAGAACCUCUGGAGCGCUUACCUGGAAAAGGGGGAGGUCGUGGAGAAGCACGGGCUGCCCUCCACAGAUGCCCUCGGCCUGAAGGAAAGCCUGUCCUUGUAUGUGGUGGCUGACAUCGCCACGUCCUUCACCGUGCUGGUUGGCAUCUUCUUCCCUUCCGUGACAGGCAUCAUGGCUGGCUCAAACCGCUCCGGGGACCUCCGUGACGCCCAGAAGUCUAUCCCAGUGGGGACCAUUCUGGCCAUUGUUACCACUUCGCUGGUGUACUUCAGCAGCGUGAUCCUCUUCGGUGCCUGCAUCGAGGGUGUGGUACUCCGGGACAAGUACGGUGAUGGCGUCAGCAGGAACCUGGUGGUGGGCACCCUGGCCUGGCCUUCGCCUUGGGUCAUCGUGGUCGGCUCCUUCUUCUCAACAUGUGGGGCUGGCCUCCAGAGCCUCACUGGGGCGCCACGUUUACUGCAAGCCAUUGCCAAGGAUAACAUCAUUCCCUUCCUCCGGGUGUUUGGUCAUGGGAAAGCAAACGGCGAACCGACGUGGGCCCUCCUCCUGACGGCGCUCAUCGCUGAGCUGGGCAUCCUGAUUGCCUCCCUUGACAUGGUGGCCCCCAUUCUGUCCAUGUUCUUUCUGAUGUGUUACCUCUUUGUAAACUUGGCCUGUGCCGUGCAGACACUUCUGAGGACCCCCAACUGGCGGCCCCGGUUCAAGUACUAUCACUGGACGUUGUCUUUCCUAGGCAUGAGUCUCUGCCUGGCUCUUAUGUUUGUCUCCUCCUGGUACUAUGCCCUAGUGGCCAUGCUCAUCGCAGGCAUGAUCUACAAGUACAUCGAGUACCAAGGUGGCAGGCUGGGCCAACUCUCCUUCUGCAAUGGCUUCUUGGAUGCUUGCACUGCAUACACACUCACACACACACACACACUCACACUCACACACACUGGGGCAGCUUGCUCCAAGGUCUCUCCUGUGAACCCCAGUGUUCUAGAGGGAUUCCCUGUUAGGAUGGAGACUGGUGGGCCUUGCUUUUUGAUGCUCUCGUAUUCCCCGCAGACCAUCAAGAACAUGAUGGACAUUGAGAAAGUCAAGGGCUUCUGCCAGGUGGUGGUGGCCGGCAAGGUUCGAGAGGGACUGGCCCACCUCAUCCAGUCUUGCGGCCUGGGCGGCAUGAGACACAACUCCGUGGUGCUGGGCUGGCCCUAUGGCUGGCGACAGAGUGAGGACCCACGUGCCUGGAAGACCUUUAUUGACACUGUGCGCUGCACCACAGCUGCCCACCUGGCCCUGCUGGUGCCAAAGAACAUAGCUUUCUACCCCAGCAACCAUGAGCGCUACCUGGAGGGCCACAUCGACGUGUGGUGGAUCGUGCACGACGGAGGCAUGCUUAUGUUGCUGCCCUUCCUGCUGCGCCAGCAUAAGGUUUGGAAGAAGUGCCGGAUGCGCAUUUUCACCGUGGCCCAGAUGGACGACAACAGCAUCCAGAUGAAGAAGGAUCUGGCCAUCUUCCUGUAUCACCUCCGCCUGGAAGCUGAAGUGGAAGUGGUGGAGAUGCACAACAGUGACAUCUCUGCAUAUACCUACGAGCGGACCCUGAUGAUGGAGCAGCGGUCUCAGAUGCUGCGGCAGAUGAGGCUGACCAAAACCGAGCGGGAUCGAGAGGCCCAGCUGGUGAAGGACAGGCACUCGGCUCUGAGACUGGAGAGCCUCUACUCCGACGAGGAGGAGGAGUCUGCGGCAGGGGCCGACAAGAUCCAGAUGACGUGGACCAGAGACAAGUACAUGGCUGAGCCCUGGGACCCCAGCCAUGCCCCUGACAACUUCCGGGAGCUGGUGCACAUUAAGCCGGACCAGUCCAACGUGCGGCGCAUGCACACUGCUGUGAAGCUCAAUGAGGUCAUUGUCACGCGCUCCCACGAUGCCCGCCUGGUCUUGCUGAACAUGCCCGGCCCUCCUAAGAACAGCGAGGGUGAUGAGAACUACAUGGAAUUCCUUGAGGUCCUAACCGAGGGCCUUGAACGGGUGUUGUUGGUGCGUGGCGGUGGCCGGGAAGUCAUCACUAUCUAUUCCUGAGCCGCGAUGGAGUCAUGUAGCCUGGAGUUGGGCUGUCUAGGACAACAGUGCCCGGCCUUGCACCUCCUUGCCAGUUCUGCUUUGCCCAGCCUUGCUUUGGACCAGCUCUGCUAGGUCUCCAGGGAAACCAAGCCUGGGCCUUGCAAUGGAAAUGGAUCCGAGAGCCCAGGGGACCCUGGAGGAUUUAGGGAUCGUCCCCUCCCAUACUCCAGUGGAGGCCUAUCCUGACUAGAGAAGACUGGUGAGGGUGGAUACGGGAUUUGAAGUCCCAGACUGGCCCACGAGUGCUAUUUAUUGUAUAUUUAUUGUUUGGAUGUCAUCAUUUCGGAAAGGGGCAGAGGGACACAGUAAGAGGGGGAGCUGAGCUGGGUCUGCCUGCGGGAAGACCUGGCCCAGGCGCUGUGGGCAGAGGCCCUCAUCAAGCCAAGUGGAAUGGAGCCGGCCAAGCUGAGCCUGACUUUUUUCAAUAAAACAUUGUGUACUUCUGGGCCUCCUGCUGCCCCGGCUCUUUUUCUCCUGGCGCCAGGGGAAGAAAGACGGAACUGAACCCCAGUCCGGAGCCAGAU